UCAAUGGGUGAAAUAAUAAGAACUUGGUUGCAAUCAAGACUGGGAGUGAUAAUCGACCUCACUCCCGAGGUAUUCGGGCACUACUCGAAGGAUGGCACUCUCCUAGCUAAACUUCUCUACAACUACGACGUAAUCAACGAGACCCAAUUGGAGACCAUAAUCCAGACGCAGGAUGCAGCCCUUGCUCGUGUUAAUCUGAAGCACCUGAGAGCUUGGUCGAAGUUCAUUGGAGUUGACUUCGAUGAUGAUUGUCUCGAGGACAUGUCCAAUGGACGAGGGAUAGCCGCACUCCAAGUCUUCUACAAACUCUUCCUGUGUCUGGAGAUGAAGGACAGACUUCACUUUAUCACUCUGCAGAAGGAACGAGAACGAUACAUUCCUGCUUCAACGAAGUUUGAUGUGAAAGUUAUCUCGGAGAAGCCACCACCAGCUGAACCUGCUGACCACCCUCUUUCUGAGCCGUUAGUGACAUCGGCAGAGGUCAUCGAGUGGCACAGGCAGAAGUUUCUCAAUGCUAUUGACCGGUCUAGACAGGUUAGUGUCCCACUCCGGUCAUCCAGAGAGCAAGACAAAAUGGUGGAGGGAAGCCCUCAAACGUUUUUCACACCCAGGAACAAUAAGUCUCUUCAAGAAGAUGAUCAGACGGGUAAAGUCGCUAGAAAUCGUUCAGCACGAGGGGCUAGACUCACCAGAGAACGGUCUAAUAUUAACUCCUGUGCUGCAAAGAGCUACAUUAAGACCCUGUCCCACCGGAAGAACCAGGAAUCAGUUGCUGAAGAGUGGAAGAGUCAGUCUCAGAAGGACGUUCUCACUUCUGUCUGGGAGAGGAUUAAAGAUGAUCAAGAAAGAAAGCUCGACGAGAUGAUAGCCCGGGGAGCUCUGAGAGAAUCUCAGUACGAGAAAAAGAUGCUGAAGAAGUUGUGUGAGAUCCGUAAAGACAAGAAUCGAAUGUCUGAUAACAGGAAAUUGGUAGAGAGUCUCAUGCAGGCAGUGAACGAGCAAUCCGUCCAAGCUGAUGAAGAGAGGGAAUUGGAUGAGUCUAGGAGGAAUGCCCGUGGAAUCGAGGAUGAGAGGAAGAGGUCUGCGGAGUUGGAACGCAGAGUUGUCAACAGAAGGCUGCAAAGGGGUGCAGACUAUCUCCAACAGCUUGGAAGACAGGUGACAGAAGAUCUGACAAGCAUUGCGAUGAUCUGCGGAGAUUACAGAGACUUGAAUCAUCAGGAUGUCCCCAGGAAAGUCUGGCAGGAGUGGAAGGCUCUGUUUCAGCAGGGUCUGGCGGUGCUUUAUCCUGAAGAGAGGCUUGAGUUGGAUGAUAUACAAGAAGGAGAGGGGGGAGAAGUAUCUGGUGGAAACCCUGAGUUGAGGAGAAGAGAGGAAUUGCUUGACACAAGAUAUCUGGAAGAGUAUCUUGCGCUGACUGGUCCAUGGAAGGAGUUUGUCCCAAAAGACGAUGUGCUCCAGAAGUUGGGACGGAAUAUCCUGGGGCACGUCGUUCAUAAAUUACUGGAGGUUCUACACCCCUCAGACACAAGAGCCUCACCUCCACUACCGCUCUAUCGCAUUCGCGUGGUACUUCUUGGUCUACCAGAUACAUCUCUUCAUUCUUAUCUCCAGGAACUCCUCAUCUGUGAGGGGAUUACGACAGUUCAAGUAGAGAAUACUAUCGAUUUUUGCUUGAAAAAAUAUAAAAAAGAAGUUGAAGAAUUUGAGUUCGUGGAUUUGGAGGUGAACAGAACUCGUGGAUCACUGGAGACAUUUCGUGAUGACGAAGUAGAAGAGGCAAAGGCAGACAAGAAAACACAAACACCAAUAAUGAUUCCCUACGAGGAUAUGCAUCCCCUGUUAAGUGACGCAGCAUUCGUUGGUAAGAGAAUCCACGAGUUACUCACUCAUGGUAAACGAAUUCCUGAGGAACUAAUAGCUAAAACAAUCGUUGCGUAUCUGAAGAGUCUGGAGGACAUAGAGGGAUGGGUGAUCAUCGAUUAUCCCAACACCUAUCAACAUGUACUACAUCUGGAAUCCGAAUUAUCGGCGAAGCCCUGGGAUUCCCCACACUCCGAUGAAGAUGAAGAAGAAAAAAAGCAGGAGGGCCUCCUCAGGAGUUCUCGACUGGUUCCCAACCCUCUAGCCUCAUUAAAUAAUUCUGCGAGAUCUUCUCACCUUACAUCGUUCAUCAGAAUGAGGGCAGAUUCAAACACUUCUGAGGAGGAAAAUGAAGUCGACAGCUUUUACAUCGAUCAAGGGCUCGCUUCCGUAUUCCAGUACACUAUUUGGGACUUUGAAUCUCUAGAAAAAUUAUGUGGAAUCAUAAUGACGAAGAAUGAACCGGUUACUGAAACCGAGUCGACUCAUACAAUGUUCGACGUCCUCGAGGAGAGUGAGGUGCAGCCUGGAGAACCGGCUUGGACCUAUGCUGAUUCUCCCAAGGAUAAGCAUCUCUUGGAGGAGCUGGGAUUCUGCUGGAUCAACCUAGAGUCCAGCUACAUCAAUGGACUCUUGGAGGUCCUGUCACUGAAGCGAUUUACCUUCCUGGCCGUCCUUCCCUACAAAGACUUCAUGAUAAAAUACAUGUUUGAGUUUGCGGAGCAACCGGAUGAGAGACAGCGAUUGCUCUGGGAGUUCCAAAAUGCUUUCAACGCAAUCUCUGAGGACAUGAGGAAUGACGAAGAGGUGAAGUACGAGUUGCAUUGCCGUGUGGAUGACUUUCAAACGCAACUGUGGGAGAUUUGUGAUCGAAAGAGGAGAAAUUGUCUCGAGAAAAGGAAAGAAAUCAUUAGUGAUCACUGGACGACGGGCCAGCUAGUGAUACUUAUCAAUAUUUAUCUUGCUAUGAUGCAGAUUGAGUUGAAGAGGUUCGUGGAUACUGUGCCCAUCCUGGAGGAGUACUAUUCAGCGAUCACGAAGAGAGAUGCAAGAGAUCGACUUGUGAAACCCACGCUCCAGCGAGUUUUCCUCGAGGAUGAUUCUGUUGAAGAUCAUAAAGAUAAAGAUCUAAAGUCAUUCAAUAAAUCCCCAUCCUCUAAGCUCAACAAACUCGAUUUUCAGAAUGAAAUCGAAAGUAUUCUGUUAGCUAAACAGGGAAGCGCCUUCCAGGUUGAUAGCACAAUCGCCUUCAGAACCAUCAGAGAAAAUAUUAAUUUCUGUCAAUCUUUCGUUGAUGAUAUGUCCCUGAUAGAUUCAGGAGUCGAGACGAAAAGUGAAAUCAAAUCGAAGGAGGUUCCACGAAAUCCCAAGAAAAUCGGCAAGAAAAGACCUUCGAAAAGGUCUUCGAAGCUUCAGGCUAAAAUGGGAGAUGCUAAAUCUCUCGAAGAUGAAAAGAAGCUGCAAGCUGCUCUGACAGAAUGGAGAUCCGUCAUAAUAUACGAAGUUACCAGGGUGAAGACUCUCCUGAAGGUCUUGGAAACCGCCUGGGAGUCAGAUGCAGAAUUUCUUCUGACGACAAUUCAACAUGGACUUCAUGUGAUGGAAGAAAAGAUCAACGAGAUCUAUCGGAAUGAAAUGAAGAGUAUCAAGGAGCUGGCUAGGGUUUUCUGUUUAGCCAUCGAGCAUCACAAAUCAAUUCCUGGAGAGAUGAUCUUUGAUGGCGAUCGUUUUAUAAUGAAUUUUGGUAACUCAAAGGAUGAAGAGCAGUUCAACCUUCUGAAACGAUUCCCUGUAGAGGAAUCUGAUAAUCUUAACUUCAAAAUGGUCCAGUUGGGGCGGUUGAAGGACAUCUUUACAAGGGUUGCACCGUCUGGAAGCCUUCCCCAACGUUCUUUUGUCUUCAUCCUUCAGGAUUUAAUUGCCUGCGGAGGAGAAGAUGAUAAAGAACCUCUAGUGCCUUCAUCAUGGCUGAAGUUGAAUCCUCCUGACGUAUUCCAACUCGUUCACCAGAUUUUUGGAGAUGAUUCUCACGUGGACUGGCGUGAGUUCUUGGUUUAUGGGAUGAAUCUUGAACGACCAACUCAGGGCCAACUUUUGGAAACACUCGAGCACUUCAGGAAGAAGGAUGGAAGUCUCUGCGGAGUCCUCCCCAAGGGAGUCUUCCUCAACAUUCCUCUCUGGUUCCAUGAGAACUUACUCAGCCCCUCUAUCAGCUCCUGGCUCCACGAUGACUUCGAGAACGAAUAUGAGUUCUCGAAUAGAUCUAGACGGAGUCAUGAAGAGUCUAGGAGGAGUUCCACCCGGGUGAAACCAAGGAAAAAGAGUAUUUCGUUCAGGAGUGACUCGAUGGAGAGGAAAUCUGUGGGGAUUGGUGAGGCCACCUCUGAGGAUGUGCGGUUGAAUUUGGCUAAGCACCUCCUUUGUGAAAUAUUUCUUGAGAGAAACGAGGAUGUUAAUUAUUUGAGGCUGUUAUUGGCCUUCAGCAAGGAUGACGAUCCCCGAAAGGGAUUGACUGAGGCUUUGAGUGUUACUCUGAACUGUAAUGUUUGUGGGAAUUUCGAGGAUGGGGAGAAUUUUAUUGAGGAAUGCUUCAGGAUGAGAGAGGACUAUGAUACCUUGAGGGCCCAGAUGCUCCAGGACACCCAACAAAUAGUACACGAAAUCCUGGACAAGAUAUUCGAGGAUACACAAAAUGUUGAUAUUCCCAAUAUGGACGAUGUUUCUCUCCAACUCGAUGAUAUAGAACUCAGAAGACCCGGCCGCCUCUCGGUUGAAGUUUUGGACGCCAUCUUGGCUCCCCUCAGUCUCACCAAGAUGGCCGACGAUGUGGCGUCAGCGGCGUUUGGUUCCGAUUUCCCAAACCCUUCUAUGGAACAAUUAUCCCACACUUCCUCGAUUUCUGGACCGGAAAGUAGUGAACAAUCUUCGGGAAAUCGUGACGUUACCAGAGAGGUUGAAUAUUGGAUACCCAUGACCGUUUUCGAGAAUGUUUUUGAAAACCUAAUUCCAAACGUGAACGAGAAAAUCAGUGUUAUAUCUACAUCGAGGACUCUGUCCGAACAUUUAGAGAGAAUUCAUGAGGAAACGAAGUGUGAAGUGUUGAACGACAGUCCUGAUAUGGUUCUAGCUCACCGAGUCAUCAACCACCAGUUGAUUACGCGUUUGCUCGAACAAACCACAAAAUUCACGUGGAAAAACUUGGGAAAGACUGUCGAGAGAAUUCUGCAGGAGAAAAAUGAGUGAGUAGUUUCUCAGUAUCGCGUGGGAUUUAUUGAUUUUCAUACAUAUCGUAGUCUUAGGAAUUUCUGAAAUUUUUAAAUCUUAAUUGAUGUCAUCAACGAUUGAUCUCUGCCAUCGUUUUUCCUUUUAGGCUAAUUAAUUAUAAAUACUUAGCGAAAUAGUCUAAUCCCUUAAUCAC